ACAUUCUCAGUCGGCAUUCAGUGCUGAAUUCACGCGAGUGUUCGCGCGAGAAAGCGCUGUUUCGCCGGGCUGGGCCAGGGCGGGCGGCGCGCGCACUCCUUUACCUAGAUAUUAAAAUCAAAUAAAAACACGCCUUCAUAACAAUUGAUUGUUGUGCCAACAGUGCGAGUUCAGUGAAGUGAUCCUUAAUGUGAAACGCCCUACAACAGGUAGCUUUUAAUUAUUAAUAUCAUUUUAUCGAUAAAACAUGUGUUGGUACAAAGAAAUUCAUUAGGCAGGAGUGACAAAUUAUCUGGCAAGAUGACUGUAGUUGUCAAUCCAGCGAGGACGGAGGAGGAAGAUAUCGGGACUCCUAUUCCCCCUCACGCUCACCCAUUGGAUUUACCCUUGGCUUCAACACCUGAUGAUUCUAUGAUCAGUCCUGAAUAUCUCGAUUAUAUCAGUCCCACUUCUGAUAUAAUAGAAAAUGACAGCAUAGAAAAUUCUCCUGAAUCUCCUCCUAACUUAUACGAUGAUGAAACUCAGAGUGACAUUGUAUUUGUAGCUGGUAUAAAUGACGACACAUAUCGCUUCCCUGGUCAUCGGCGAGUCCUGGCUGCAACCAGUCCUGUCUUCGCAGCUCUACUAUCAGCUAAAACCGACGUCAUAGUGGUCGAUUAUAUUGACCACAGAGGAUUUGAGAAUCUACUCAGAUACUAUUAUUGUGAGCCGACACAACUAACAACUGUACACACAGCUAGAUCAACACUCGACGCUGCUUACAAGUUUUUAUGUCCUCAACUUACUGAACGAUGUGCACGCAAGUUAGACGAAAUGUUGGACGCAGAAGUUGCACUGGAUAUUAUACGAGACAUGCGAUACAUGUGCGCUAAAUUGCCAGGUGCCGCUUCUGCACCACCCUUGCCUGCCUUGACGGACGAUAGAGCGGCUCGAUCGCUAGCCCAAUGUGCGAGUUUCUGUGACAUGUUAGCGCAUAACACUCUCCUUGUAUUGGACGCUAACGCUGAUGCUGCACUUCAACAUGAGAAACUUGAAGAUCUUACAUACGAAGACCUGGCGCUGGUUGUUAAACGUGACACUCUCAGAGUAUCGAAUGAACUGAUUCUGAUAGAAGCUUUAUCACGCUGGAGUACAUCUAUAUGCAAAAAAUACAAACGAGAGUUGACGCCUGCCAAUAAACGAGCUGCUUUAGGAGAGCUGUCAUAUUGCCCUCGAUAUCUGCUUCUUCAAGGCGAUGAAUUGGAACGUGCUUUCGGGUUUGAGUUGUUAGAGCCAAUUGAAAGAGCUUUGGUAUUGGCGCGAGCGAGGAAAUUAUCAGCACCAAUUCCUGUCGGAGCGCAUCAGGAGAAUUUACUUCGCCGUUGGGCCCGACCGCGACCAAAGGAUCCGGCGGCAGCCCCCGUGAGGCUUAGUCCUCGUUCUGAACCAGAGCCUGUAGAACCACAACCCACAAAGCUCUGUGGUCGACGUCCGAAACGUCUUAAACACCCAAAAUACCACGUAGACGAUCCAAACCUUUACAAUACUUAUAAAAACCAAAAAGGGUGUUGCGCAAAAUUUACUGAUGGAUUAAUCCGAGCAUUUAUUUGUUUAUUUGAUUGAAAAUUUACAAUUAAAUUUUUGUGAGUUUACAAUUCAAUGUGUAGCUAUUGAAAUGAGUAGAGUUAAAGAAAGUGGUAAUAACCAAAUCUAUGUAGUAAACUAAACUAAUAAAAUUUAAUAUUGGUAGGAUAUAGUAACUUCUAGUGCAAAACUAUUUUUGUACUUUGUAAAAAUACUUGACAUUUCUAACCUCCAACGUAGAGAAAGUACCAGAUUAGAAUAAAAUAUUUUUGCCUCUUAUCUCACAAUAAAACCUCAGGUUUUAAAUUAUAUAUCAUACAUUAUGCCUCUGUAUGCUUUAAAAGCGUAAAAUCUUUAUAGAAAAAAAAAAUAUUUGAGAAAACAUUGUAUUUCCCGUUUGUAUACGUUAUAUUAUCGUAAAUUAAGGCAUAACUGUAUGCUAUAUUGAGUUAGACAAUUUUUAAAACCACAAGAAAUACCAAUUGUAGAACAAUUUGGGUUAUUUCGUUUAAUGAAUUUUUAAAAAGAUAAUUUGAUUAUUAUUAAAACGAUAAUGCACAAAGCUUUGAGCGAAUGCCUGUUUAAAAUGUUAAUAAAUUAUGAAAAUUUUAUUGCAUUUAACAACGAUUAUAGUUAAGAAUUUUGUUGCUAGUACAUUCUUAUUGUUUUUCAUUGAUGUUAAUUCUGAUUUGUAUUAAUAAUUAUAAUUGUUUUCAUGAAAAUUCGACGGGACAUAAUUAGUUAUUAGUCGUGGAUAAGCAAGCAAGCAAACGAAUGUAUACAUUUAGUAAAUUUACGAUUUCCUAAAUAGCAAAACACACACAGUUUUCACACAACUCGCUUUAACUUAAGCCUGCAUCGGUACUCUGUAACUUCCAAUAACGACAGUGAUACCGAAUCCUACGUUUUCGAAUGCAAUUUCGAUAGUCCUCUUAAUAACCGCUGAUCACGUAACCUUGGGAUAGCAAAAACAUUAUUGUUAUCGGAAUCGAUGUCGAUUCUCUAUCGGAAGUUACAGAGGAAGGGCCCUGUUAUCAACGCAUACAUUCUACGUCUCGUAACACAACUUAUUUGUAUAUAGAAGUCGGGUUUUAAUACGUCAGAAUUCACACACUCUUACAUAUGGACGCAAUUUUUGUGUUUAAAUAAUUUUGCUUGAAAACUAUAAAUAGCGAUACUGUAUUGUGAUGAAUUAGAAUUUAUUUCUUCCCAUUAAUUGUUUGCUAGUCGUAUUAUAAGUACAUUGUUAUUGUUUAUUAGAUUAAUUAUACUGAUUUAGUUUUGUACGGUGCUUCGAUUUCUUUAGCAGCUUCUCGUAUACAUAGUGCCAUAGGUAAUUAUGAUUUGUGUAAAUAGAUUAUUUAAUUGAUGACCUCAGAUUUUCCUACGACAAUUAUAAAAAUUCUUUCAUUUCUACUAAGUAUAUAACAGCUGCUCUUUAUUAGGUGUAAUUAAUAAAUUUUCUUGUAUCUUUAUUGUAAUUACUGCCAAAUCUAGAUGUUAAAUGUACUAUAAUUUCAGACCAUUCAUAAAAACUUAUUCAGUCUUAAUGUUUUAACAAAACAUUGUUAUGUUUAAUUGUGUUUCGGCUAUGAUGAAGAGUUGUACCCAAUUUCGAUAUGGCUAUUUUAAUAUCCGUAGAAUUUGGAUGUUGUAGCCGCUUUAGAUACUAUUCCUAAUCCUAGUUAAUAGAUCGGUUCAGGACUUUAUUUAAAACAAUGUAAUGGUGGUAUCAGCCUAUACACAAUUUGUCUAAAGAGUACUUUGGUUAAUAAGACUGUUUUUGUUUUUUAUGAACAAGGAAGUAAAUUAAUACGCAAUGCGUAGAGCAUUUAUGUUACCAGUGUAUCUACAAUUAAAUUGUACUUAUAGAUAAGUUUAUUAGAAAUUAUUUGCAUUAAAUGUAAUCAAAUGUAGAUGGAAUGUGUUCAGCUAAGAGCUGAUGGAUUUUAAAUAAAGAUUUGAUGUUA